AUGAAUCAAGCUUUGUCAACUCAUCGAAAAGUGCCGGAGACUGGUCAACUCUUCACUGGCGCUCAGAAACUCGUUCUUGACGGAAUCGUGAAAACGUUAAACGAGCUUCUCCUAAAGUCAGACAAUAACGGAUUUAACGGUGAAGAAACGCCAAUCAACGUCCUCCAAUUAUUCCCCGACAUCAAGCCGACCUCCGGAAACGGGUUC